UGCUUUCUACCCUAUUUUACUAAGCAUCUCCUCCCCUUUCUGAAUCAUCCAAUUCCAGACAAGUUCUGUGCUCAAGGUUCAGCCAGGAGCCACAUUCUUCUUGGUGCACAUGUACACUUGGGAAGGGGCUUGGGCACAGAGAACAGAACCUACAACACCUUCCGGGACACAGGUCCCUGCAUCCUGAACAGCAUCAGACAGGUGCGGACCUGAGAGUUUGAAGUCCAGUUGCUGAGAACUCUUCCCACUAUGCAGUGGCUUAUGAGGUCCCGGGUCCUCUGGGGCAUCCACAAAUCUCUCCAUGCCUUCCAUCCUGCCCCUCCACCCUUGCGUUGCCAGUCUUUAUCAGGAGUUGGGGCUCCAAGAUGGAAUGACCAGGAUAUACCAAAGGAAUUUAACUUUGCAAGUUACGUAGUGGACUACUGGGUUCAAAUGGAGAAGGAGGGCAAGAGAGGUCCAGAACCGGCCCUGUGGUGGAUAAAUAACCAAGGAGACGAGGUGAAGUGGAGCUUCAGUGAGAUAAAAGACCUAAGCUGCCGCGUGGCCAACAUCCUCACCCAGACUUGCAGCCUGCAGCAGGGGGACCAUCUGGCCUUGAUUCUGCCUCGAGUGCCUGAGUGGUGGCUGGUGGCCUUGGGCUGCAUUCGAACAGGGAUCAUCUUCAUCCCAGGGACGACCCAGUUGAAGGCCAAGGACAUUCUCUACAGACUACAAGUAUCUAAGGCUAAGGCCGUCGUGACCACAGAUACUGUUGUCUCGGAGAUAGACUCUGUGGUUUCGGAGUGCCCUGCUCUGAAAACCAAGCUCCUGGUCUCUGACCACAGCCUUCAUGGGUGGCUGGACCUCCGGUCACUGAUUAGAUCAGCAUCCCCAGAGCACACCUGUAUUAAGUCGAAGACGAAGGAUCCCAUGAUCAUCUUCUUCACUAGUGGGACCACAGGUCUCCCCAAGAUGGCAAAACACAGCCACGGACUUGCUUUGCGUUCCUACCUCCCUACAUGCAGGAAAUUAAUGCGGCUGAAGAAGUCAGAUGUGUUCUGGUGCGUGUCAGACCCAGGCUGGAUUCUGGCCGCCGUGGGUGGCCUGUUUGAGCCAUGGACAGCAGGCUGUACACUCUUCAUCCACCACCUGCCCCAGUUUGACCCCAAGGUCAUUAUAAAGGCACUACUGGAAUACCCUAUCACUCACUGCAUAGCUGCACCAUCUGUAUUUCGAAUGAUUCUACAGGAGAAAAUUCCCAGGUUCCCCACCCUGAAGCACUGCUUUACUGGUGGGGAGUCUCUGCUGGUGGAGGAGUUUGAGAAGUGGAAGAAACAGACGGGCAUCUUGCUUCACGAGAUCUAUGGGCAGUCAGAAACGGGAGUUACUUGCAGUGUCCUUCAGGAAAUGAAGAUCAAGCCAGGCUCCAUGGGGAAGGCCAUCUCGCCCUUCGACGUCCAGUUUUUAAAGGAGGCUUCAGCCAAGAACUACAUUACCAUCAUUGACGACAAGGGCAAUGUCCUACCACCCAACACAGAAGGAAACAUUGGAAUCAGGAUCAAACCCACCAGGCCUGUAGGCCUCUUCAUGUACUAUAAGGAUAACCCACAGAAGACAGCGGAGGUGGAAUGCGGGGAGUUCUACAACACCGGGGAUAGAGCGACGAUGGAUGCGGAGGGCUACAUCUGGUUCCUGGGGAGGAGCGACGAUGUCAUCAUGUCCUCUGGGUACCGCAUCGGGCCUUCGGAGGUGGAGAACGCCCUGGCAGAGCACCCGGCAGUGGCCGAGUCGGCCGUGGUGAGCAGCCCGGACCCCACGCGAGGGGAGGUGGUGAAAGCGUUUGUUGUUCUGAACCCACCGUUCCGGUCCCAUGACCAAAACCAGCUCACCAAGGAGCUACAGCAGCACGUGAGGGCAGUGACAGCACCAUACAAGUACCCCCGGAAGGUGGAAUUUGUCCCUGAGCUGCCCAAAACCAUCACUGGCAAGAUCAAACGAGCCGAACUUCGGAAGAAGGAGUUCGGUCAGAUGUAGUCAGCAAUCAACCCAGGACCUCCCAGGCAGCACGUUCCUGGCAGCCUCGGUUUCCCGGAUUCAAAGGGGUGUGAAGAGGCUGACUUGGAAGGGGCCUCGGAAGAGCCGUGGUCCUGACACGUUUCCCCUUUGAAGUUUGGCCCCGCCCUUCUCUGAACCCCUGUCUUUUGGAUGGCCCUGGUGACCUCUUGGAUUGGGGAUUCAGGUAAUAAAACCCUAAAAACCUCA